GGCCGCUCUGGCUCGGGGCCCUGGAGGGCGGCCCCCUCCCCCCGCCCGCGAGGGGGACGCCCCCCUCCCCGCGCACGGCAGGCAGGUCGGCGGCGCCGCCCGCCGCGUCCCAGGCGCCACGAUGGCGGAUGAAGACGGCCCGGUGCCGCCCCGCCGGCUGUCCGCCUUCGCCGUGGAGAAGCUGAGGUGCGAGGAUGACAUCGUGAAGCACAUGGCGAAUCCCAGCUUCGGUCCAGCCUACCUCUGGUCGUACCAGCUAGAAACCCACAGACUCUACGAGGGCCCUAUCGUGACCAUGAUCGUGUUUUCGGCCAUCAUGGGCAACUUCGUCCUCGAGUGCGUCCAGCGUACGCCACCGUUUCAACCUGUCCCGGAAGGGGCGCAAGACCCUGGCUGGCACAUGACCGAGGCCGAUUGGGGCCGCGUGAAUAAUUUCUUCAACGUUGUAUUUCUCGUAGAAGUGGUAUUCCACAUGUAUUCAGAGUGGAUGAACUCAUGGAUGAAGUCACCAGGGAACUGGUUUGAUAUGCUUGUCGUCACGGGGGGGUGUCUGGAGCUGAUGCAGGUGGAACUACCGGGGAUUGACGUCGUGACGAUGCUGAGGACGAUCCGCGUGUUUCGUCUCCUCCGGGCCCUCCGCAUUUUCGGCAAGAUUGAAGCAUUGAGCAAAAUCAUAAAUUCGUUGUCAUCAGGUGCAGGAGGCGUGGCCCAGGCGCUGGGAAUUAUCAUGAUGGUGAUGCUCAUCUACGCGGUCAUCGCGGUGGAUCAGUACUGUGGCCUCUACUGCGAGGAGGACAAGGCGCCGUACAAGAACAUGGAGGAGUUCAGGACCAGCCGGGGGCUCUGCUUCGGGAAAGACUACUACGGCGACACGGGGCGCGCCACGUACACGAUGUUCCAGAUCUUGACCGGCGAGUCCUGGUCCGAGGCAGCAGUGCGGCCGAUCCUCUAUCGGUAUGGCACCUCCACAGAUCCCGAAGAUCAGCUCAAUCUCAUAGGGGCGGCAGUCUUCUUUGUCUCCUUCGUCGUCAUCUGCUCCUUUGUGCUGAUCAACGUCGUCGUCGCCGUGCUCCUCGCUGGCUUCAGCACGAACGACCCCCCCGCCGUGACAUCGGAGGACCAGUGCCGCGACAAGCUGGUGGACGUGAGCCGCCAGCUUCGAGAGGAGAUAGUGCGUGUGCAGAGUCGCGCAAAGGUCGUGAUGGUAAAGCUGAAAGAAGCUCAGUGAGUCCCGGGCACCGCCUUCCCAGGCAGGCGUAAGAAUGGCGAGUUGGCCGGCCUGGGCUCCCUACAGGAGCCGCUGAAAGCGGGCUCGGCGGUUCCAGGCGCUCUCCCCAGCACCCCGGGGCAUCUGGGGCAGGAGUCUCGCCAGCCUCUUGAUAGAGGCGGUUGUGCUGGCCAUGUCAGGGGGGAGGGGGAGGAGGCCAGUGCUCCCAUGCUGGGCCGCGGACGGGUCGACGCGAUCCGAACGGCCAGAGGCAUUUGUCCGCAGGCCGUACUGCAUUUUGUGUUGAGGAGGUCUCGGCCAAAGCUGCCACGAGUGUGCCCUGAAUGCAGCCUCCGGCAAGAGGCCAGCUGAUUGGUGCCUGGCCCUAUUGGGAAGGUCCUCGGCUUCUUCGCCACUGGGAUCCCGGCAGGGUCCUCUCCUUCUGCUUCCUCUCCUUUCCUCUCUCUCUCUCUCUCCCAACCGUCAUGCGGGGGUCCUCCUCCGCCUCGUGCUCCUCGUCCCUCUCCGCAUCCUUCCUAUCAGCGUCCUUCCGCUCUGUCCGUCAGCCGCAGCCGCCUCUCGAGCACGCUUGUCACCCGUCGCGCCUGGCCAGGGUGCUUCCUCGGCCCCACUGCCCCACGCAGGAGGGGAACAAGAGGAGGAGGAUCGGCCACGGGACGUGGCGGCCUCAACGUGCGAGAAAUUCACCCACCGGCGUCCCGGGGCCAAUCCAGCAGUCCUUCGGCGCAGGGGCUCCUGCUGCAGAUCUGCCGUCGUGAAGCGCGCCCGCUGCGCUUUUUCUCCUUGCCGGCGGCGCAGGCACGUGGGGGGGAGGUGGCAAGCUUGCAGAUUCUGCCAACCGGCGAACGGCUUGCACCGGGGUCUACACCUUAGGCGAUGCUUAAGAAAACCUAAGUUUUCGG